GUAGUGUAUUGUCGUGUAUAUAUGUUAAAGCCAAGGGUAUAUAUAUAUAUAUAUAGGUUAAAGGGUAUCCAGUAGAGUAUACAGGCAGAUCACCAAAGGUCCAAUAUACAUUCAUCUUAAGUCUCAUAUUAAAUCAAAAAUCAUGUCCAAGAACUACCAAGCAUGCGUUGUGCACGAGUUCGGGGGUCCGGAGAAGUUGCUUGUGGAAGAAGUCACUACGCCUACCGCCGGAGACGGCCAAGUGCUGGUCACAGUCAAGGCUGCGGGUGUCAAUCCGGUGGAUACGUACAUCAGACAGGGCACCUACGCUCGCAAGCCCACGCUUCCGUACACUCCUGGGGCGGACGCUGCUGGUGUGGUAUUGGCGACUGGUAAAGGUGUUACACAUGUGGUGGUGGGUGAUCGUGUGUACCUGUCUGGGUCAAUCACAGGGACAUACGCACACGCAGCACUCUGUAAUGAGGUCGAUGUACAUGCGUUGCCUGAAGCGGCUACGUUUGAGCAGGGUGCAGCCAUCAACGUACCCUUCUCAACCGCUCACAGGGCCUUGUUCUUGCGUGCAGAGGCCAAAUCCUCUGACACACUUCUGGUGCAUGGGGCAUCCGGUGGCGUGGGCAUAGGCGCAGUGCAGAUGGGCAAAGCCCACGGCAUGACGGUAGUAGGCACGGCCGGAAGUGAAGACGGGUGCAAAGCAGUCCUGGAGGCAGGGGCGGACGCGUGCUUCAACCACCGUGACACAGACUACCUCGACAAGCUCAAAGCACACACCCCCGGAGGGUUCAACGUUAUUUUGGAGAUGCUUGCAAACGCCAACCUGUGCAAUGACCUUAAGAUGAUUGCUCGUCACGGCAAAGUGGUUGUCAUUGGCAACCGCGGUACUAUUGAAUUCGACCCGCGCCUGACUAUGGCCACGGAGUCAUGUGUCAUGGGAUGUGCUCUAGGACAAUCUACACCCGAGGACAAGAAAGAAGCCCACGCGUACAUUCAGGCUGGGCUAGCGAACGAGACUUUAAAGCCGAAGGUCGGGCGCAGCUUUGCCCUAAAGGAUGUGCAAGAGGCGCACAAGUACGUCAUCGAGCAGUCAGGUUCGUCCAAUGGGAAAGUAGUGAUUAACAUGAAACUGUAGGUAGAUGUUUCAAAUAGGGGUUUGGUGUCGUAAAGGUCUGUACGCCGUGGGAACACCACAGAUACCUUACCUACCACUUUAGACACAAUGGGCAUUUGCUUUGUAACUUAUAAAUAGAUAUGGCUCGGAUUGUGCUCAAUUUGGCGAUAUAGAGCUCUGCCGUUUCAUCCUUUAAGCGACUACUAAGCACGCCUCGAGAAUGGGAGAUGAAUGAAUUGGUAAAGAUUAAACGGACUGUAACUGGACAGUAUACGAAAGCAAACUAUUAAACGGACUGUAACUGGACAGUAUACGAAAGCAAACUAUUAAACG